GCCAACUAUCAUAACGUUGAUUAUUAUUUUAGUACCAACACAAAGCUCUAACAUUCCUGGGCUUUCCUUUUCAUUCAACAGUUUUCUUGCACUUACGAUCUCUCCCUCUCUCGCUCUCUCUGUGAUUUUCAAGAUGAACGACCUGCUCACGGAUUCAUUUGUUAGUGAUGCCAAAGGUCAGCCUUCCAGAGAAAGUGAUAUCGAAAUGGGAACACGUGUUCCUGAAAGCAACCCUGAUAUGGGAAUGGCAGCUUUCAACAAGCAGAUGCAAGAGAUUGAGAAACAGGUGGAGAAGGUCUCGGGGCUUCUUAAACAACUAAAGGAUGCUAACGAGGAGUCAAAGUCUGUAACCAAAGCUUCCACCAUGAAAGCUAUUAAGAAGCGGAUGGAGAAAGAUAUUGAUGAAGUGGGGAAGAUUGCACGAGGUGUCAAAGGAAAACUAGAAGCAAUUAACAAAGAUAACAUUGGGAAUCGACAAAAACCUGGAUGUGAGAAGGGAACAGCUGUAGACAGAGCGAGGAUGAAUAUGACAAAUUCCUCGAUGAAAAAGUUCAAGGAGCUAAUGAUAGAGUUUCAGACCCUUAGGCAGAGAAUCCAAGAUGAAUACCGGGAGGUUGUGGAGAGAAGAGUCAUUACAGUCACGGGAACCAGACCAGAUGAUGAGACAAUUGACAACCUGAUAGAAACUGGAAAUAGUGAGCAAAUCUUCCAGAAGGCAAUUCAAGAAAUGGGACGAGGACAGGUGCUAAAUACCCUUGAAGAAAUUCAGGAGAGACAUGAUGCCGUGAAAGAAAUUGAGAAAAAGCUACUUGACUUGCAUCAGAUUUACCUCGAUAUGGCGGUUUUAGUCGAGGCUCAAGGAGAGAUCUUAGACAACAUUGAAAAUCAGGUUACAAAUGCAGUAGACCAUGUGAAAUCCGGUACAGAUGCUCUCCAAACUGCAAAGAGUCUGCAAAAGAGGUCGAGGAAGUGCAUGAUGAUUGCCAUUAUUUUGCUCCUGCUUAUUGCAAUCAUCGUCAUACUCUCAAUUUUGAAACCAUGGAAGAAGUGAUCAACAGAGGAAAGUGAACUCUUAUCUGCUCACUCUCUCACUCAUACCAACUUCCCAUGGUAUACAUAAACCAAAAGGACAAUUACUGUUACAAAGUGUAUGCUUUCUUUCUUUCCUUUUCCUUUUCAAUUUAAUUGCAUCUGUAUCACGUUUCUUAUGAGAUGCAUUUACAAAUAAUGGAAGCUAGUACAGUCACUUUUGAUUGUUUCUUUCGGGACGAAAAAACUACAUAAAUGGAUGCAUUAUGUUUGCAA